AUGGAGUCUACAUGUGCAUCUACAAACGAAGGGCACUUGUUAAGUACCUAUCGUCAUUUUUUCGAGCUCCUCGUUCUCGUCUGUAUGUCUAUAUUUGGUGCAAAGUACGUGCUGAAGCUUUUCAAAAAGUAUAAGGGAGAGUUUCUUCGUGCUGGGUUCGCUGGUGUCGACAUGAAUAAACCGUCUAAACCAACAAUACCUGAAGCCCAGGGUGUAAUAUGUGGUGUUGUUUUUCUAUCCAUCAUGUUUCUGUUCAUUCCUGUUCCCUUUUGGAGAUACCUCGUUGGCAAAGCUGAUGUGCAAUCACUAGAAGUGUGCCCGACAAACAGAAUCAGCGGGGAACAGGAAAUUAUCUUUAAAAGCCAGUUCAUUCAAUUUCUUGCUGGUUUAUUGUCCAUAUGCUGCAUGCUUUUCUUGGGAUUCGCCGACGAUGCCCUCAACCUACCUUGGAGACAUAAAAUUGGUUUUCCAUUUGUUGCAGGCUUACCCUUACUGAUGGUUUAUCUAGCCAAUGAGGGGACCACAAGCAUAGCUGUCCCAGUUAUGCUGAGAAAUGCUUUCGGUAGUAGCGUAGAUAUUGGUAUUUUAUAUUACAUAUAUAUGGGUUUGCUGACUGUAUUCUGUACUAAUUCCAUAAACAUCUAUGCGGGAGUAAAUGGUCUUGAAGUUGGUCAGGCAAUUGUGAUUGGUGCUUCUCUAAUUUUAUUCAAUCUGAUCGAACUUUCUAGUUAUCACUGGCGUGUUCAUCUUUUUUCACUCUACUUUCUGAUCCCAUUUUUGUUUGUGUGUUGGUCUCUGUAUCGUGUAAACCGAUAUCCGGCGAAGGUUUUCGUGGGCGAUACAUUCUGUUAUUUUGCAGGCAUGACUUUCGCUGUAGUCGGUAUUUUGGGUCACUUCAGCAAAACAUUGUUACUAUUCUUUCUACCGCAAAUUGUCAACUUUCUGUAUAGCACUCCUCAGCUGUUUGGUUUGAUUCCCUGCCCACGCCAUCGAUUGCCUCGAUACGAUCCAGCAGAUGGUCUAUUACAUCCCAGUCGUGUUCGUUUUCAUCCAAAGUCUUUAUCACGUCUUGGUCAGUUUGUUUUGACUGUGUUUUCGUACGUGGGCAUAAUUGAAUGCAAACUUUGCCCGGAUUGUAUUCCGAAUAUUUCCACAUCACCCACGACGGGAAUGAUCGUUUCACAACCAUCUCAUGAAAAUAUGUCUUCUGAUGAAGAACAAACAUCGGAAAGACAAAGAGCUAGGAGUAGAAGCCCAGUUCAAACCAAGUUACCUACUGAAGAGAUUGUUGAAGUAGACAACCUUACUGUCAUAAAUAUGAUGCUACGUGUUUUGGGACCCAGAAAUGAACAACAAACCACCAAUACUCUUUUGCUACUUCAAAUACUCUGUUCUUGUUUCGCAUUUAUGAUUCGUUAUCCCCUUGCAUGGUUGUUUUAUGAUGUACCAGCUAAGUAA